AUGGCAGGCAACAAGAAGCGUCGUUUCAACACCCAAGUUCGACCCAUGGGGAAUCUGAAUACUCCUAACUCCGGAGAAAGCGCGACCAAUCCAGCUCCUGGGUCAGGCGUAGACGGGGCAACGCGCGUAGGGGCUGAGAAUCCUCAGGUCCACAACCUGGAGGAGAGUGAUUCAGAGCAAGAAUCUUAUAAGGAGACGCCUGAAAAGAUAUCAGCGACAAAGUCCUCUAUGACUGCCUAUCUCGAGAAGAUAUUCUCCAACAGAUUCGACGCUAUGCAGUCCAUGGUAGAACGCCUACCAGGAGUAGCUCCCCCAAUCCGAAGGAGUAACCCGGAUUCCUAUGCAGAUACCCCCUUCGUGGAAGAAAUCACCUCGGUCGAGAUGCCUACGAAGUUUUCCUUCCCCAACAUAAAGAUGUAUGACGUCACGGGUGACCCCGACGAUUAUAUCGCUCAAUACAAUCAACGGAUGCUCGCGGUUGCGCUUCCAAAAGAAUCCUGGGAGGCUACAAUGUCUAUAUCCUCUUUUGCGAGCCUCAGCGACAAGUUUGUGGAGCAAUUCGCAAGUAGUAGGAGCCUGGAGAAGACUUCAGACGGCCUCUACGAGAUUCUUCAGCAUCGGGUAGAACCCCUGCGAGAUUACAUAGCCCGCUUCAACCAAGAAAAGGUGGCAGUUCCCGAAUUCAGCAUUCCUACUGCGAUCUCUGCCUUCAAAAGGGGCCUGCUUCCAGACGGAGGCCUCUACAAAGAACUAACCAUGUAUCCCUGCAAGACCAUUGAAGACGUGUUAUCCCGGGCCUGGGCGCAAGUGAAGUGGGAACAAGACGUCGCUAGCCACGCUAAGGCCCAGCCGAAGCAGGACCAAAAGUCGGCCCGAUCGGAUCAAGGAAAUCGGGAUGAAAGAUCCUCCCAAAGAGCGGCCAAGGACUCCGGGAACAGAAACCGGGGCAGGUUCCAGUACCGACCCCUGAAAAAGGAAGAAGGAAUGUCGGUAUCCACUUGGCCCGACAUCUCCCAUCUCUCGAUAUCCACACCGGAGCUAGUCAACAUCUUGAGGCAGAUGGGCCAACAGUUCAAGUGGCCUCAAAAGAUGAAGGCACCUGACUUGUUCCGGAACCUUGGCCUCUGGUGCGACUUCCAUCGUGACCACGGUCACAAAACUGAAGACUGCGUCACUCAAAGGAUCGAGGUCAAUGAACUACUCCAAAAGGGGCAUCUCCGGGAAUUCCUCUCAGAAAAAGCCAAGAACCAUCUAAAUAAAGAGGUGCCGGCGAAAUCCGCUGGAGCUAUACCCGCCUCACCACCUCGCCAGGACCGAGUGAUCCAUGUCAUAUCCGGAGGUUCAGAGAUAAGCGGCGUGAGUCAUGCAACUGCCAAGAAAAGCACCCGCAACGCCAAGCAAAGCCUGGAGACGACCAAACCAAAGCGCUUGCUCCUAGUGGACAAUGGUAGCUCCAGCAACAUCAUCUUCCAGACUGCUUAUCAGAACCUAGGGCUGGAGGAGAGCGCCCUGACGCGCAAAAUAACUCCACUCAUCGGAUUCAGCGGCGAAGUCAAGCAAACAGCCGGAGAGGUCACUCUCCCAGUGUACGCUGAAGGGAUCAACAUGUCUACCAAGUUCCUGGUCGUCGACAGUCAAUCAGCAUACAACAUGAUCCUAGGAAGACCCUGGAUUCACGACAUGGGAGCAGUCCCUUCAACCCUUCAUCAAAUGGUGAAAUUUCCUACACCCUGGGGCAUCAAAAUAAUCAAAGGAGAUCAGGAGAAUUCGCGAUCCUGCUACCAAACCACCUUAAAGGGAAAGACCAAGGUCUUAUAG